AUGGCCUUUGGAUUUGAGACAACCGGCAAUGAGAUAGUCGACACCUUCAGAGACCAAGUUAAGGGCAAGACCUUCCUGAUCACCGGUCCAACUCCAGGAGGCAUCGGCGCCGAAUCAGCACUCUGUCUCGCGCGAGCUCGCCCAAAACAUCUGAUCCUCGCGGGCCGCUCAAAACAAAAGAUCCAACCUCUCAUCAGCCAAGUCCAGGAGAUUGACCCGAGCGUGAAAACCAGCUUCAUCCAGCUCGACCUCGGGAGCCAAAAAUCUGUACGGCAAGCAGUCGAGGACGUCAAAGCUCUCCUUCUUUCUGAGGACGACAAGAUAGACUGCGUGAUCCUCAAUGCCGCCAUCAUGGCCUGUCCGUACGCGCUCACGGAAGACGGCAUCGAGACGCAGUUCGGCACAAACCACCUGGGCCACUUCCUCUUUUGUAACCUCCUCCUGAAGAACGGUCUGAUCCGGUCGCGAGUCGUCAUCGUCAGUAGCUCCGCGUCCGAACGCAUGGCAGAGUACGCUCUCCAGCCCCUUGGUGAUCCAUCCUACGACCACGGCCGCGCCUACGACCCGAUGCAAGCAUACACUUUCUCCAAGGCCUGCGGAGUCCUCUACGGGAAGCGACUCGCGAGGCUGCUCAGACAGAGACACCACGACAUUUCCGUCUUCAGCCUGAACCCAGGAAGCAUCCGGACAAACCUCCAGGGGCACAUGCUUGCCGACGCCGACAUGCGAAGCAAAGCCAUCAAAGUCGCAAGACGGUAUAACCCAGAGUUCAAGAUCCCCGAGCCCAAGACCCUGCAGCAGGGCUGCGCAACGCAGCUACGUGCUGCCUUGGACCCGAGUCUUGCCACUGACUCGGGCGCAUACCUCGACGACUGCCAGGUGGCCAAGGUUGGUGUCCACGAGGGCCAUGAGCAAUACAUCGACCAAGUUUGGGAGCUCAGCGAGCGGCUUGUAGGAGAGACGUUUGAAUUUUAA